AUGAAUUCUGGAUACAGCAGAAGCCAAGAAUUGAAUAAUUUUGGAGGAGCAACAGGAAUUAGUACUACUAGCCAUAGUGGCACCUUAAAUGGUAAUAAUUUAGGACACUCACAGCAUCUAUACCCUGUAAGUAACAAUAAUUUUGAAAUUGGAGCGGGUAACAUUUACUCUUCUACCAAUAUUCACAGUCAGCAUUACCAAUAUCCCAAACAACAACAAAAUUCUCAACAACAUCCCCAAUAUCAAAAACAACAACAUCAACAACAACAUCAACAUCAACAACAAUUCUACAGCCAAAGACAUCAGACACAACAGAGCCAAUACCAGCAGCAAAGAUAUUCUCAAAAUCAAAAUUUGCUACAUUAUAAUACAAACAACGUUAAUAUUAGACCAGUCCAUACAACUGGAGGUAGUGCUCAUCCUGUAACGGGAGCAUCUGGAAGUUUACAAGGAGGUAAUAUGACAGGAAGAGUUCAAACAGCAGGAGGAAGAGGAAAUUUAGCUUUAGUUGAUAAUCAUAUUCUUUCAAACCAUCAAAAUAAUCAUGACCAAUAUCACACACAGACACAAACAGAUUUGGCGCCGGCGGGACAUACAAGUUAUUUAAUGCAAAAUUUUCAAGGACAAAAAGGAGGAGUUGUGAAUGUAGGGAAUAUUGAUAGAUAUAUAACAGAAAGUGGCUAUAGUGGAGAAGUUACUGGUUCUCAGUAUUACGGAAGUCAAUACCAUCAUAUUCAAGAUCAUAAUCAAAUUAACAUUGGUGGAGGAGGAGGAGGAGGAGGAGGAGGAGGAGGAGGAUAUAGAGCUGGAAUUAAUAUUCAGGAUCAACAAAGCCAGCAGGGUCAGAUUCAUAUGAAUGGGAAUAAUAUUUCUGAUAUUAGAGGAUUGGAUUACAAUUAUGGAAAUUAUACUCAGUAA